CGCACUUAGCUUUUGUCGAGUCAGUAAAUGAUUCUGUUUACUGUCAUUUAAAAGACAGAAAAGCUGCAUAUCUUCACCUUUAAGAAGCUGGUUUGAUAUUUUAUAUGUAAAUAACUGAAACCACUCAGUUAUCAACUCAGUUAUCAAAGUGUUUGCUUCUUAUUUUCAUGUUGGAUCAACAGCUCAUUGUCUCUACUUUUAUAGGUUUACAACAGUGCAUCAUAUUUUAUCCGCCCUUCACAGUGCAUUCAUAAAGUAUUCAGACCCCUUCAAUUUUUUUCACAUUAGGUUAUUUUGCUAAAAUCAAAGCUAAAACUGAAAUGUCACGUUUACAUAAGUAUUGAGACCCUUUGUUAUGGUUCUUGAAAUUUAGCUCCUGAUUACUGUUAUAUUAUAGUAUUAACUGCAACAAUACAACUACUGUUACUAAGUCUUUACAGAAAUAAAAGACCUAUGGGUCUGGAGCAGGGAGUUUAUCAGCUGGGAGGCCUGACAGAAAAAGAAUGGUUCCCCUUUGUUAGUGGUUAGGACUGAAGAACUGAAGAGUCCCACCCGGGGAUCAUCAGUGAGACCUGAAUGUGACUGCUGCUCUGUCACAUCUUUCUGUACUGAGCUGAUCUUUAGCUCGUUAGAUGGUCAGUUGCCACCAUCUAGUGGACAGAUUGUAGAACUACACCAUCUGAUGUGAUUUCUUUGACACUAACUGGAUUUCUUCCACAAGUUAGACUGGUUUUGACAGCACUCUGAUGUUUUUUAGACUUGUACUCUGAAGUGAUGAGGAUGUGACUCCACCUGAGACCAAACACACUCAGAAACCACGACUGAUGCUGGAGAAUGAGCAGCUUCUCUCCAAAUGUUUCCAAAUGAAGGUGGAAAACGUCUGUAAAUCGACCUGAAAUGAGUUCAGCAGGGAGAAAAAUGGUGACACCUAAAGAGGUUCUCUUGGGAACUUUGGAGGAUUUGGGAGAAGAGGACUUCAAAAAAUUCAAGUGGUACCUGCGGGAGCAGGGGGUCCUGCAAGGCUUCCAGGCAAUCCCAGAGAGUCGACUAGAAAAUGCAGACCGGAUGAACAUAGUGGACCAGAUGUUCCAGACCUACUGUAUUAACACUAUUAAGGUGGUCAGAAUGGUUUUAGGGAAGAUGAAAAAGAAUGACCUAGUAGAGAAUUUAUCAAACUCCACCACAGAAGCUGCAGAGAUUCUUGCUGAGUGUCAGCAUAAACUCAAAUCCAACCUGAAGAAGAGAUUUGAAAGUGUGUUUGAGAAAAUCACAAAAGCAGGAAAUUCUAAUUCUCUACAUGAGAUCUACACAGAGCUCUACAUCAUGAUGGAAGAAACAGGAGAGGUCAACAAGGAACAUGAGAUCAGGCAGAUUGAAAAAGCAUCCUGGCAACCUGGAACUCUAAAAGCAGCCAUCAUAUGUGAAAACAUCUUUAAAGCCUCACCUGGGGGAGAUGAACCAAUCAGAACAGUGAUGACAAAGGGAGUGGCUGGCAUCGGGAAAACAGUCUUAACACAGAAGUUCACUCUGGACUGGGCUGAAGACAAAGCCAACCAGGACAUACAGUUCACAUUUCCAUUCACCUUCAGAGAGCUGAAUCCGCUGAAAGAGAAAAGGUUCAGCUUGGUGGAACUUGUUCAUCACUUCUUUACUGAAACCAAAGAAGCAGGAAUCUCCAGCUUUGAUCAGUUCCAGGUCGUGUUCAUCUUUGACGGUCUGGAUGAGUUUCGACUUCCUCUGGACUUCCCCAACACUGAGAUCCUGACUGAUGUUACAGAGUCCACCUCAGUGGACGUGCUGCUGACAAACCUCAUCAGGGGGAAACUGCUUCCCUCUGCUCGCCUCUGGAUAACCACACGACCUGCAGCAGCCAAUCAGAUCCCUCCUGAGUAUGUUGACAUGGUGACAGAGGUCAGAGGGUUCACUGACCCACAGAAGGAGGAGUACUUCAGGAAGAAGUUCACAGAUAAGGAACAAGCCAGCAGGAUCAUCUCCCACAUCAAGACAUCACGAAGCCUCCACAUCAUGUGCCACAUCCCAGUCUUCUGCUGGAUCACUGCUACAGUUCUGAAGGAUGUGUUGAAAACCAGAGAGGGAGGAGAGCUGCCCAAGACCCUGACUGAGAUGUACAUCCACUUCCUGGUGGUUCAGUCCAAACUGAAAAACAUCAAGUAUCAUGGAAGAUCUGAGAGAGAUCCACACUGGAGUCCAGAGAGCAGGAGGAUGAUUGAGUCUCUGGGAAAACUGGCUUUUGAGCAGCUGCAGAAAGGAAACCUGAUCUUCUAUGAAUCAGACCUGACAGACUGUGGCAUCGAUAUCAGAGCAGCCUCAGUGUACUCAGGAGUGUUCACAGAAGCUUUUAAAGAGGUGAGAGGGCUGUACCAGGACAAGGUGUUCUGCUUCGUCCAUCUGAGUGUUCAGGAGUUUCUGGCUGCUCUUCAUGUCCAUCUGACCUUCUUCAACUCUGGAGUCAAUCUGCUGUCAGAAGCAACAUGGUGGUCGGAACUAUUUAGAGACAAAUCCAAAUUCUCACGUCUUUAUCAGAUUGCUUUGGACAAGGCCUUAGAAAGUCCAAAUGGACACCUGGACUUGUUUCUUCGCUUCCUCCUGGGUCUUUCAAUAGAGUCCAAUCAGACUCUUCUACGAGGUCUGCUGACACAGACAGGAAGUUGCUCAGACACCAAUCAGAAAACAGUCCAGUACAUCAAGAAGAAGAUCAGUGAGAAUCUGUCUCCAGAGAAAAGCAUCAGCCUGUUCCACUGUCUGAAUGAACUGAAUGAUUAUUCUCUAGUGGAGGAGAUCCAACAGUACCUGAGAUCAGGAAGUUUCUCCACAGAGAAACUCUCUCCUGCUCAAUGGUCAGCUCUGGUCUUCAUCUUACUGUCAUCAGAAAAAGAUCUGGACGUGUUUGACCUGAAGAAAUACUCUGCUUCAGAGGAGGCUUUUCUGAGGCUGCUGCCAGUGGUCAAAGCUUCCAACAAGGCUAUACUGAGUGGCUGUAACCUCACAGAGAGAAGCUGUGAAACUCUGUCCUCAGUUCUCAGCUCCCAGUCCUCUAAUUUGAAAGAGCUAGAACUGAGUAACAACAACUUGCAGGAUGUAGGAGUGAAGCUAUUGUCUGCAGGACUGGGAAGUCCAUGCUGUACAACAGAAGUUCUAAGACUGAGUGGUUGUAACCUCUCAGACAAAAGCUGUGACGUUCUGUCCUCAGUCCUAAUCUCUCAGUUCUCUAGACUGAAAGAGUUGGACUUGAGUGACAACAACCUACAAGAUUCAGGAGUGAACCUGCUGCUUGAGAAUCAAUCACAGUGCAGACUGAAAUUUCUCAGGGUGACUGGAUGUGACCUCUCAGAGUUGAGCUGUUAUACUUUGUCCUCAGUUCUAAGCUCUGAGUCCUCUAGUCUUAAGGAGCUGGACCUGAGUAACAACUACCUGCAGGAUUGUGGGGUGGAGCUGCUGUCUGCUGGAUUGGAGACUCCACACUGUACACUGAAAGGUCUCAGACUGAGUUGCUGUAACCUCUCAGAUAAAAGCUGUGAAGCUUUGUCCUCAGUUUUCAGCUCCCAGUCCUCUAGACUGAGAGAGCUGGACAUGAGUGGCAACAACCUGCAGGACUCAGGAGUAAAGCUGUUGUCUGCUAAACUUGAGAAUACAUGGUGCAGACUGGAAAGUCUCAGGCUGAGUGGAUGUAAUCUCUCAGAGACAAGCUGUGACGCUCUGUCCUCAGUUCUCAGCACCCAGUCCUCUAGUCUAAGAGAGCUCGACCUGAGUAACAACAACCUCCGGGAUUCAGGAGUGAAGCUGCUAUCUGCUGGACUGGAGAGUCCACACUGCAUAAUACAACGUCUCAGAUUGAAUGACUGUAACCUCUCAGAGAGAAGCUGCGAAGCUCUGUCCUCAGUUCUCAGUUUCCAGUCCUCUAGUCUGAGAGAGCUUGACCUGAGUAAAAACAACCUGCUGGAUUCAGGAGUGAAGGUGCUGUCUGCUGGACUGGAGAGUCAACACUGCAGACUGGAAACUCUCAGUCUGUCAUACUGUGUGGUCACAGAGGAAGGCUGUGCUUCUCUGGUCUCAGCUCUCUGCUCCAACCCCUCCCAUCUGAGAGAGCUGGACCUGAGCUACAAUCAUCCAGGAGACUCAGGAGUGAAGCUGCUGUCUGCUGGACUGGAGGAUCCACACUGGAGACUGGACACUCUCAGGGUGGAUCAUGGUGGACCACAGAGAGUGAGACCUGGUCCGACGAAGUACGCCUGUGAACUGGAACUGGACACAAACACAGUAAAUGGAAACCUCAAACUCUCUGACAACAACAGGACGGUGACACGCGUGAGAGCAACGCAAGGAUCUGUUCCAACCCAACAUGAUAAACAAGUGCCAAUGGACUGCUGGUCUGAGCUGCUGUGUAGAAAAGCUCUGACUGGUCACUGUUACUGGGAGGUCGAGUGGAGAGGAGAUGUUCAUAUAUCAGUGAUUUACAGAAGAAUCAGAAGGAAAAGAGACAGUGAAGAAUGUUUGUUUGGAAAAAAUGAUCAAUCCUGGAGACUGAGCUGCUCUGAUGUUCUUGGUUACUCUGUCUGGCACAACAACAGACAAAAAUCCAUCUCCUUCCCUUCACACUCAUCCCCCUCCCCCUCCUCCCGCUCCUCCCGCUCCUCCCGCUCCUCCCGCUCCUCCCGCUCCUCCUCCUCCUCCUCCUCCUCCUCCUCCUCCUCCCUCCUCCUCCUCCUCCUCCUCCUCCUCCUCCUCCUCCUCCUCCUCUGCCUCUCACAGAGUAGCAGUGUAUGUGGACUGUCCUGCUGGCACUCUGUCCUUCUACAGCGUCUCCUCUGGCACACUGACCCACCUCCACACCUUCAACACCACAUUCACUCAACCUCUGUAUCCUGGGUUCAGGAUCUGUCCUGGUUCCUCAGUGUCUCUGUGUGAUCUUUAGGUCUGAGAGUCUCUGCUGUGGACAGAAACCCUGCUGACAGUUGACUGUUCACCAUGACACAUACUCUGCUCUGUGAAGCAGAUCUGUCUUAGACUCAGACACGAAACAUUCAUUUGUCUGAUUUCAUCACUUUGAUGAUCAACAUUUUAACACUUUUGUAAAAUGAUUUUCAUUCAGUCUCAUUUUUUUUGUCUCAGUUCCUGAAUGUAAAGGAAACAUUUCUACUGCCAGCAAUAUAUUUUUAACUGAUUUAUUAUUGGAGUUAAAAUGUUUACAUAUUCAGUUUGUAGAUUCAGGAUUUAAUCCAUGUUGGGAUUAAAAAGUCACCCGAUUUGUAAAAAUGUAGAAGUCAGCACAAAUGUUUGAGAGAAAGUGGAAAUGAACUAAAUAUAUUUCACAUCAAACUGUACAGUUCAGUAAAAUCUGAUGAUUAGUGAAAGACACAGACUCUCCUCUUGUCACGGUUUGAAGGGGUAAGUAGGACCCAAAUGCAGCCAACACUUUGGGGAACGGUGCAGACAGGUUUAUUAACAAAACGUGAACGUGACAUGAACAGACAUGAACAAACCCUGAACUAAACAGAUGAACUGACACAGACAAAGGGAAGCACAAGGACUAUAUAGACAAGGGAGGCAAGGGUGAUUGAACACAGGUGAAACACAUUAGGGCGGGGCAGACAAUCACCACAGACACAGGACCAAGACAGGAAGCAAAAACACUGACACACAUGGAAACCAAUUACAAAAUAAAACAGGAAGUGCAAAAGUCCAAAACAAAACUAACAAAAAGUGUCUGCCAUUACAAACCAUGACACCUCUUCUCUCAGAAUACAUUCUCCAUGAUGCAGGUCACUCAAAUCUUCUUCAUCAAUAAAGAAAUUUGUUUCUGCUUCUGUUAUUAAUCCGA